AUGUUCCCUGCUCAGGAGGAGGCCGACAGGACCGUGUUUGUGGGGAAUUUAGAGGCCCGAGUGCGAGAAGAAAUUCUUUACGAGCUUUUCUUGCAGGCUGGGCCGCUAACCAAAGUGACUAUAUGUAAAGACAGAGAAGGAAAGCCGAAGUCUUUUGGAUUUGUCUGCUUUAAACACGCAGAAUCAGUGUCAUAUUCCAUAGCGUUGCUGAAUGGCAUUCGUUUGUAUGGAAGACCAAUUAAUGUACAGUAUCGAUUUGGGAGUUCUCGCUCUUCUGAACCAGCUACCCAAAGUUUUGAGAGCUGUGUUAAGAUAAAUUCACAUAGCUACAGGAAUGAAGAAAUGGUGGGCAGAUCUUCCUUUCCCAUGCCGUUUUUUCCAAUUAAUAAUACUGCUUCACCACAUGAAGAGUUUUUCUUUCAGAAGAUGUGGCAUGCAUAUAAUCCAGUGCUCCAGCUUCCUUACUAUGAGAUGACAGCUCCCCUGCCUAAUAGUGCAGCCGUGCCUUCCCCACUAAAUCAUGUUCCAGACGCAGAAGCUGGACCCAGCUCAUACGAAUGGACUCAUCAGCAGCCAAGUGACUCGGACCUUUAUCAGGUGAAUAAACGAAAAAAGCAAAAGCAAACCAGUGAUAGUGAUAGUAGCACGGAAAACAAUAGAGGAAAUGAAUAUAGUCACAAGUUCCAAAAAUGUAAGAAGAGAAAAAGAUAUUAA